AGGAGGAUGAUGUCAGCCUGCGAAUGUCAACAAUGUAGCGAUUGAGGGGAGUAGGCGGCGUUCCAUUGGGAAGAGCGCGAGCCACGGGCAGAGUCAGUGCAACCAACAGAACGGGGUCAGCAGAAGCAGCAACAAUACACCGCCGCCGCCUUGUGCACACAGCCCCCGAGUGCAAUUCCUGCGUGGCUCUCUGUUCCAACAUCCCUUUUGCUGCCGCAGCUUUCUCCUCCUCCUCCUCCUCCAGUUUCUCCCCCCCCCGCUUCCCCGCCCCCUCCAUUUUUGCAUGUAUUUUUCCCUCAUCUGUGCAAGACUUUGCUUCGAGAGGCAGCUUUAAAAAAAAACAUGCAAUCGGCAUGUGACGCGUGUCUUCUUUAGGUGCAAAUAUUCUACAGUCGACCUCAGCAACAAGAGCCCUCAGCAAGAUUCAGUCUUCUUCUCCCGUCUCCCCCCCACCCCAAACGUUUGCAGGCGACGCGAGGAACCACCGAAAGUUACACUGGCGGAAGGUUGCCACCACCUAAGCCAAGCAUCUGGAAGCUUGCCCUGAAAAUCUUUGGGCAUUCGUCUCUUCAUGGAUUGCUGUAACCCAGUAACUUCUCCGUUGGGCCACUUCCUAGUUUCGUGAGAAUAUUAGCCAGCACAGAUCCUGGGAAAGUUACAUGGUGUGAACGGAAUGUCUGUGGAUGAGAAGACUGAAUCCCCCAUGUAUGUGUAUGAGUCAACAGUCCAUUGUACCAAUAUCCUCCUGUGCCUCAAUGACCAGCGGAAGCAGGAUAUUCUCUGUGAUGUGACUUUGAUUGUGGAGGGGAAAGAGUUCCGAGCCCACCGGGCUGUGCUGGCAGCAUGCAGCGAAUACUUCUUGCAGGUGUUAGUCGGGCAGACAGAAAAUGACCUGGUGGUCAGCCUGCCAGAGGAGGUCACUGCCAGGGGAUUUGGCCCAUUGUUACAGUUUGCCUACACUGCGAAGCUGUUACUCAGCAGAGAAAACAUACAAGAGGUCAUCCACUGUGCAGAAUUCCUACGCAUGCACAACCUGGAGGAUUCCUGCUUCAGCUUUCUUCAGACCCAGCUGCUGAACAAUGAAGAUGGCCUAUUCCUGUGCAAAAAGGACCCUACCUAUCAGCGAAUGCAUGAAGACGAGAAUUCUGAGGAAGAAGAGGUAGAGACUAUGGAAUCUGAGACUUCCAAGAUAUCUUGUCCAAGGGAGCGAACACACCAAGAGCCCUUUAACUUUGAAACGGCCAAUUCGGAAGUAGAUAAAGAGGAGGGGAUGCUGCCUGACUCUGCCCUGCUAAGAGACGACAAGGACAGUUUGGACAAAGAAGCAGUCACACGGUAUCCCAGAUACAAGAAAUACCAGCUGGCUUGUACCAAGAAUGUCUACAAUACAUCACACGUUAGUACCUCAGGUUUUGCAAGCACAUUCAGCGAAGAAAGUUCUGGUGACAGCCUCAAGCCGGAGCUUGCUGUAGAGCAAAUUAAAAGUGAGCCUAGGAGUGAGGAGAAUGAUGAGGAAAACAUCACGCUUUGCCUCUCUGGAGAUGAGCCUGACAUCAGGGAUAAAGAGGAGGAUGUUGAAAUGGAGCGAAAGCAGCCAAGUCCUACUGGAGCUGACAGGUCUAAGAGUGGUUCCUCUCCUUCCUGCUUAAGGUCUUUCUUCAAUCGAACAAAAAACAUAGACUUGGUUGACUUCCCCAGUACUUCCCAACAGCACUUUGCCAGGAGUCCAGCCUGCCCUUAUGACAAGGGGCCAACUCAGGGUGAUCACAAAGCUGAUUAUGUCCCUUUCACAGGGACUUAUGGACUGUCCCAAGCUGUUCAGAAGGAUGCUUCCAAUUUUACAGUGGGAUCGCCUCUCAGGGGUCCUGGCUUUGGUGAAGGUCUCUGUAAGCAGGAAGGUGAGGUGGACAGAAGGAGUGUUAUAUUUUCUUCAAACAUUUGUGACCAAGUAAACACUUCAGUGCAUUCAUAUUCUGGCGUGAGCAACUUGGACAAAGAUCUCGCCGAGACUGUGCCAAAGGGUCUAUGGGCAGGAAGUAGCCAAUCACUUCCCACCUGCCAGACCUAUUCUCACAUUGGACAGGCAGCUGAUCACUUGCCAGGACGGAUGCGGCCUAACACCAGCUGCCCAGUGCCAAUUAAAGUUUGCCCUCGUUCUCCUCCUCUGGAAACCAGAACAAGGACCUCUAGCUCAUGCUCCUCCUACUCUUAUGCAGAGGACGGCAGUGGUGGUUCUCCUUGUAGCCUCCCUCUGUGUGAGUUUUCAUCUUCCCCCUGUUCCCAAGGAGCUCGAUUUCUGGCCCCUGAGCACCAGGAGCCGGGCGUGAUGGGAGAUGGAAUGUACAGCCAAGUCAGACCCCAGAUAAAAUGUGAGCCAUCCUAUGGAACAAACUCCAGCGAUGAGUCUGGAUCGUUCUCUGAAGCAGACAGUGAAUCAUGUCCUGUGCAAGACAGAGGACAUGAGGUGAAACUUCCAUUUCCUGUCGAUCAAAUCACAGAUCUUCCAAGGAACGAUUUCCAGAUGAUGAUAAAGAUGCACAAAUUAACCUCAGAGCAAUUGGAAUUUAUCCAUGAUGUUCGGCGGCGCAGUAAAAACCGGAUAGCAGCUCAACGCUGCCGCAAAAGAAAACUGGACUGUAUUCAGAAUUUAGAAUGUGAAAUCCGCAAGUUGGUUUGUGAGAAGGAAAAACUCCUGUCAGAAAGGAACCAGCUGAAGGCGUGCAUGGGAGAGCUGUUAGAUAAUUUCUCCUGUCUUUCCCAAGAAGUGUGUAGGGAUAUGCAGAGCUCCGAACAGAUCCAAGACCUACACCGAUACUGCCCUAUUCUCAGGCCUAUGGAUCUACCAACAGCAGUCAGUAUCAACUCUUCACCAGCCAGAGUGGAGCAAAACAUUGUAACAUCGCAGUGUGUUGGGGAGAGCUUGCAGUGCUGUUCAGAGCAAAGCCCCGUGCAGCAGUUAGGAGCUCACUGGCUACCUAACAACAUUUCCGACAAGUGCGUUGCAACUAGAGUACUGGAUGGAGCUGACCAAGGUACUUACUCUGAGCAGGAGCUCCCUCUAGAGCAAAAUAACCAAACGGUGACGGUGGACUUCUGCCAGGAAAUGACCGAUAAAUGUACGACAGAUGAGCAGCCUAGGAAGGAGUACACCUAGUGGUUGGUAAACCUUUACAUCACAUCUUCAGUCAGCCAGUGGCCACGUUGGUUUGUUGUCUAGAUGGAAGAACAUAUUUGGUGCACACUACAGUGGUCUUAGCAGCAAUACUGUUUUUAAGUAUUCCCUUCUCUCUACAAGCGGGAGAUUGAUUAUCUUCUUCACUAUGGUGCUAUCCCUUGUUCAGUCAGGGGAACAAAAGCAGUGGCAACACUGUCUUUUUUAUUAUUAUAGUUGUUGUUGUUAUUGUAUUUUUAAUUUCAAUAUUCAACAGGGAUGGACAUAACACCUCUGAGGACCCAAACGCAGCUUUUUUUCUCAGUGGCCCAUGUCACAAAACCCUAACUCAGGAAUUUCCUCUGAAUGUUCAAUUUUUCAUUGAAGACAGCUUCUUUACACAUCAAAGUUUUAUAGCUAAACUGUACAUACUAUAUAUAGUAUAUUAAAAUAUAUAUCCAUAUGCAAAAAAAAAAUCCCUGCAUGCCUCAGUUUUUUCUCAUUAAAAAACAACUGGAACGUUUUCAUUUUUAUUGUAUAAACAAGUUCCAACAUUCCUUUUAUUUUUUGGUCCUUGAUGAUCGAAACGGUUUGUAAUGGUUUUAAAUAUUUCCCCCUCACUGCUCUCAGUUCACAGUUCAGCAAUAUCAUUCAGUUUGUACUUAUUUAUAUAGUUUUAAUGUUGGAAACUUAUUCGAGAUUUUUAAUAUAAAUGGCAUUUGGGGCUCAGCUGUCUGGGGGUUUUUUUGUGCCAGUUGAGCAACAUGGAUUUAAUUCUAAUUUUCUCGCAGAUACUGUACAGCAUUGGUCAACUUUGCCACUUGCACUGAGUUUUGGAUCAAACCUCUUUUCAUAUAUGAAGUUGUGACUUCAGUAUAACUCAUAUACUGUAUUCUUUGCUUCCUUUUUUUGAACUAUCCUCUUAUGUAAAAUAAGGAGAAAAACAACACUCAGGAGAUGGCUAUGUAGGGAAAUCUUGCCAAAUAUGGAAAUUGCCCAAUAGUGUUGAUUGGGUAUUUUCUGUAUUCUUUAUUAUUAUUUUUUCAGUCUCCCAAACCAAAUUUAAAAUAGCUGCUUUUUUAAGAAUGAAAGAGGGAUUGGUAUUUGUUGAGUAAGUUUCAGUGUUUAAUACGAUACCAUGAAAAUCAUUCAGUGGCCAGUGUGUGUUGUUGAGGUUGAGACCCAUAGCUCAAGGCCAGGUGCAUUUACAUCAAUGAAUGCCAUUCCAUAAUCCCAAGUGAAGUUUCAGUUAAGCUUCCUUAUGCAGUUCUUACUUAUUCAGGUAGUACUAGCACUGUUAGUCCAUGGGAACAGCUCUACUGGCUUCUGUUUAUAAAUCCAGUCAGUACUGUUGUAUGUUGGUAUUCCUUACUUUGCUUCCCAUUUACACUGGCAUCAAAUUAAUCUUAUUUCAGACCCUUUGAAGUAUAAGAAAUGGUCCACAUAAGAGGCCCUUCCAGAAUUGGGACUAUCACAGAGAUUUGUAAAAGUUUAAAACACUGCAUUUCGACAGAGAGAAAUAAUUCCCUGAAUCAUGAUGCAAGAUUGCCUCCGUUCACAGUUAUUGUCUUUGGUACAGAUCAGCUUCUGACUCGUAGAUCAUUGCAGUAGUUUCAAGCAUACUGAAUUUUUAUUUACAAAUGUUCACAUAACUCUUAGCUGAUUCUCUUAAUGAUUGUGGAAAACAUCCUCUGUUCAGAGAUAACAUGGACAAAAAAAUUUCUAGAGGCAGGCACAACACAUCAGGACUUUUUUCUGCACAUACUGAAAUGAAUAAGAAUUGCACAAGAGAAAUGCUUUUGCACAACUGCUAUUUAUUUCAAAAAAAAGACUUGUGCAGGUAGACUUCCUGGUAGAUUGUGACUUUUAAGUGACUUUUGACUUCUCUGUCUUAAUUGUGCCUGGGUGCUUUGAGGAAUAUUUUCUGAUGUCACCCAUGGUUUACAAAUCGGUACUAUUCACCUUCAUUGCAUAUUGAAUGGUAGCUCAGACCAAGCUGUUCCUUUUAACAGUGUGUUCCUUCAUGCUGAUGUUUACACUAAACGUCAGCCUGCAUCACAUUUUCUAGCGAAGGAAUCAAGCUCAUUCUCUUAGUUGUGUUUUCUUUAUCUUUCAGUUUGAAUAGACAGUUUGCCAGUCCGGCAGCCUCCCUCAGACCAGGAGGGUGUAUACAGUGCAUGUGCCAUGGUUACUUACUGGGGGGGGGGGGGGUUCUUCUGUAGGUUGAAGAUGCUAUAUUUUAAAAUAUAUAUAUUAUAUAUAUAUAAUUUAAGUAUUAACCAUUUCUGUAAAAAAAUAAAUAAAAACUAUCUCUUAACUAUUUGUAUAUUUAUAUAUGUCAUAUGGAUGCUAGUAUAAGCUGUAGGAUAACGUUUGGCACCAGGAUAAGAAGUCCUUGACUUGCUUUGAAAGCAUAGCUAUUUAAUUAUAUUGGAACCUGCAACCAUUUCAUGCAGGAAACAGAAGCUCUUGGGGGGGGGGGUGAGAAUAUGGGAGGUGGGUUGUUUUGUAAUCAGUCGACGUUGCAAAGCACUUCUGUGAUUUGCAAAGAGAUCCUACUUCUGUGAGAGACAGUAAUGGAAGCUAGAAUUUUAAAGCUACAUGUGAAUUGCAUUACAGAUUCAUAGCCAGGGUUUGUCAUUUUGGGAUUUUUUGUUGUAAUUCAGCUGACAGUAUUUUUUCAGAUGUAUUUUUCUGUUGCCUUUUUUAUUUUAAGUGACCUCCUAUAGCUAGUUGUGAUUUUUAUGGGUAUUCAACCAAGUCUGAACUAGCUUUCUGACAUGAAGAUUUAUCAUCAUAACCAACUCAUGUGCAACUGGUACUUUUGACCUCAUUACAAUGGUUCAAAUGUAAUCAACAGAACAUAUUGUUCUACAGCUAUUGUAUUGACCUGGCUCUGUCAUUGGUGCUGGGCCUCUCUCUACUGUUUCCUUCUGUUUUGUUUUGUUUUAAUGGAAAAUGUUUUAAUUUUUAAAAACCACUGCUCAAAUAAGUCUAUUGUUUGAAACCGUUUAGGAUGUUUUGAGUUUGACUGUUCACCAUUUAGAAGUGGCUAACUUUUAUAUCUUCUUCCUCAGACUAUGUAUUGUGAUGGUUCUUUGAAACCACAUGUGGCUCUUGAGUUAACUUCCAGGGAAACAUUUAACAGAAUUUGUUUCAGAUUUGGACAUAAAAUUGGUGUAUACGAAUUCAGUUGGGCUGGAGAGGGAAUAAAAUAACUGACCAAAACUCUGAUCUUAAAUAAAAAUGACGUCUGCAUUGUACAAUAAUGCAAGGGGAGAAGAUAUUUCUUUCUUUCAUGGAUUGUGGGUCAUAAUUCAUGAAGGAAUUGAUGGUUUUGUCUUGGUUUGGAACUGUUGCUGGACAUGAGCUGCUUUUGCACUGACACAGACAGAAUAUAGGAUGUUUGCAUUUGGCCAUGUCCUAUCUGCAACUACUCCUUUUUUUAUUAUUUGCCUUCGCUAUAUUUUGUAUUACCAGGAAACCUCAUUUCAUUUAGGCUUCUUCUGCUCUUGUCAGGUGAAUACACACUAUGUAAUAUAUUUGUUUCUCUGUGUUAUCUUGGGGGUGCCUUGAAUACAACCGAAGUUCAUUGCAACCUGAUUCUGGAACAAAUAGCUAGUAGAAAAAUUAAAGAAUCAAUGAAGUUACAAAGUCAAUAUUUAUGUCCCAGACCUAACGUAUGAUGACUCAGGCGUCAGCAUUUGAUGCUGCAGGAUAAAAUUAUUAUUUUAUAUAUUGUACAAUUAAAUUAUUCAAUGUCUUUCUAAGGAUAUAUGCUGCUUUUAAAAAUGCACUAUUUUUUAAUCUAAUCCAUGUAUUUUUGUUCCCAAGGAAGCGCAAAAAAAUGUCAUUGGAAAAGCAAACCACUGUGAUUAGUAUUCCAUCUGCUAACUUUUUAAAAGGGAGAGUGGAAGCUAGACAAACUUAGAGAAACCCAUUCUGCUCAGAAUGUCAGGGGCUAGCAAAUUACAUUUAACAUAUGGCCAGUUUUGUAAUUUCAAAAGCUUCCGCUGAAAUUUGGGGAGCAUAUUUACAUAGGCAGUUAGUUUUAAAAAGCUGAACCUUUUAUAGUCACAGGGUUAGAUCCAAUGCCUUGAUCUGCUUACACAAGUGGCAUUCUGGUCACAUGAGAUGCUGUUUCCAAAGGUCCACUUACUUCCAGGAGCAGGGUGGGGGAGGACAAAAAUUAUGUUCCCCUAACAGGGCAUCCAUUACUUUCAGAGCAGUGUGGUAACUGGCAAGUGUGAUUACUCUGUCAGUUGAUCACUUUAAUGAAAAAAAAUCUUCGUGGAACCUGUUUUUUCCUAGAAUUUCAUGAAGAAAAAAGUUGUUUUGUGCUAGAUGGAAUGUGGAGAACCAUCAUGACAACAUCCAUGUUGGAAUUUUAAAUUGAAUAUGCUAGAAUCAGAGUAGGAGAAUUUUAAGGCUUUAAGAAAAAAGUAUGGUAAUCGCAUUCCAGAAGCAUUAUCACUUUUUCACUGAUGCCCUAUAACACAAAUGUAUGUCUGUUUUUUAGAUCAUACAUGUAAGUUUAGAAGGUAGAGCAUACUUUAAGCAUCAGACCCCAUAAAACUAUGAAACUUUGUUCCAGUCAAUCCAGUUCAAACUCAUUAAUCCCAACAGCCAGCUUUUGCAAAAUUAAUCAUAUUUGAUGUUUUUGUAAUUUAAUUACAUGAUAUCUUUAAUAUGCGCACCUUUUAAAAUUACGUUUAAAAGAGAUGGGUGGGGUUCUAGGUGUAGCCUAAGGGAGACCUGUGGAAGCUAAUUUCUAUCUACAGAACAAAAAUCAGUGUGCAUAAUUUUGCUUGUUUAUACUGUGUAUAUUUAUAAUAUUUGAAUUAUUUUAUGACUCAGGCAUCACGUGAUGCUGCAGAAUAGAGAUGUACAUGUCCAUAUAUUAAGUCCAUUCAAACACUUUAUGUAUAUUAAAAAUCUUUUGGUUGGUGGAUUGUAGAUUGCUACGAAUAAAUUAUUAUAAUUUUUUCUGUAAGUUAAAGCAUCAUUACUUGCAAUGUAAAAGAAUUACUGUAGUUUCCUACACUCCACCAAUGUUAUGUUGAUCAAAUUCAAACUAGUGAUAUGUGUUUGUUUUAAAUUAUAACGCUCCUACGGUUCUACCACUUUUCUGGUGGGGAGUAAUUAUUCACAUUUCCUCUCAAAUGUAGAAGUGAACAAUUACUAUUAUUAUCACACGCCUUAUUAACUUUACUACAUCAACCCUUUUACAGAGGUCCAGUUUACAUUCAAAUUUAGUCACCUAUGCAGUUUAGCAAUUGAUAAGGAAAUAUACGCAACCUGAUCCUAUAUAAGCUUACUCAGAAGUAAAUCCCACUGAGUUUGGGGUUUAUUUUCGUUUGGAUGGGACUGCAGCCUUAGAAACUGAAGAAACUGUAAAUUGUUUUGGUCAAAAACUGACUUCUGUCACUUCUCAGAACUUGAAAAUGCUUCUACAGUUAGUGAUCCCUAUUAUGUCUCGAAAGCCUUGGGAAUCAGAAACUCGGUCCAAGAUUUUCCAGAGCGCUCUUUUCUUAACAGGUUAGUUCACAUGUGGAUGCCAACCUGAAAAUCUGGGAUUCUUCCACCCAUUUUGUUGCAUUGAAAGUGAAUGCUUUUAUAUUUGCAGAGUUCAAAAAUAAUUUUGCAUGAUUCAGAAACGUAUUUACUACUUGCAAUAGGACCGGAGUGUCUGGAUCCCAUCAAUCAGUAGAAAAUAUGCUACUCGUUUUGGAGACUGUUGGAUGUUUGAUUUUUGCUAAUUCAAUUUGAGGGUCAGCUGUUGAUUUCAAGGGUGGAGAGCACCCCAGGAGUUUGUUCCAGAACCAGUGAGAUACAAGAGCACCUCUACUAUAUGCCUUACAAACUUCAGAGGCCAUAUUCAAAACAGGGUUUUUAUCAGUGUAUGCAAGGGGAUUCAACCCCUCUUCUCUUCCUCCCCAGGUCAAACAGUAUGGACAGUUUUCACACAUAUCUACCUGUAUAAUCCUCUGUACCUCUCAUAACUGGUCAAUGACUGUAACAAGUUGCAUCAGGUGUUUUUCUACAUACUUUUUACACAGAUUCUAUGCGAUUAAUGUAACUUAAUUCAAUGCAUCAUUUUAUUGUAAUAGUUAUUAAGCUUGUCUAUUAUUUUUUUCUAGGUGACUGUGGUUUCUUGUGAUUUUUAUUGUACAAAUGAAAUGGCUGUUGAUGCUUACUCCUUGUUACUAAGAAUUUUUACCUUUUUGGAAAAACAGCAUUGCUAUGAACUAAUAAAUUUAAGACUUCAUUUCCUCAUUGUAAAUACAGUAUCGUGGAAAAAAACCCCUUUCCAUUCAUUUGAAUUGAUAGUGUUAACUGAAUUUUGUCUAGACACCAUUUCUGUUGAUGAAAUAAAGACAUAUCAUUAUGUAUUGUA